GAAAGGUUGUUGUUUAGCAUCGCAUGCGUCGUCUGAUAAGCUUCUCUUUUAGCAGAAUCAUAAAGUUAACAACGUAUAAUCACUGAAAAUCUUUCUUAAGGUUUCACCGAACUGUUUCUCUCUCUCUCUGUGAGAGAAAGCAGUGAGAUACUCAGGAUGGAUCCAGCUCUGCUGAGAGAGCGAGAACUCUUUAAAAAGAGAGCUUUAUCCAAUCCUACAGUAGAGAAGAGACCAGCAUCCUCUGAGCCCUCUGGCUCCUCCAAGAAGAAAAAGAGCAAACCAGACAAAGAGACAUCAUCCUCUAAAAACAGCACAGAUCCCAGCAAUGGCUCCUUUAAUCUUAAAGCUCUGUCUGGGAGUUCAGGGUACAGGUUUGGAGUUCUGGCACGAAUUGUCAACUACAUGAAGACGAGGCACCAGAGAGGUGAUACUUAUCAUCUGACGCUAGAGGAGAUUCUGGAUGAAACCAAACUGCUAGACAUCGGCAUGAAGCAGAAGCAAUGGCUAAUGAGUGAGGCAUUAGCAAGUAAUCCUAAAAUAGAUGUGCGGGAAGGAAAAUAUGCCUUUAAACCCAAAUAUCAUCUGAAGGAUAAGAAAGCUCUACUAAGACUACUGGACAAACACGAUCAGUUGGGACUAGGAGGAGUGUUACUGGACGAUGUUGAAGAGGGUCUACCCAACGCAGCCAAGGCUAUUAAAGCUCUUGGGGAUCAGAUUUUAUUUGUGACAAGGCCAGACAAAAAGAAGAUUCUGUUUUACAAUGACAAACACUGUCAGUUUGUCGUUGAUGAAGAGUUUCAGAAGCUGUGGCGCAGCGUCCCUGUGGAUUCCAUUGAUGAGGAAAAGAUCGAAGAAUACCUGAAGAAACAGGGCAUAUCAUCAAUGCAGGAGACUGGACCAAAGAAAAUGACGCCCAUUCAGAAGAGGAAGAAACCAGGUACACAGAAAAAGAGACGGUUUAAGACUCACAAUGAUCAUCUGAACGGAGUAUUGGAGGACUACUCUGAGGGAGCUCCCACCAAGAAGUGACACACAUUAUAUUCACACAGUCGGAAAGACUCAGAGCGAGAAGAUAUCUGUGUGAUGUUUGUAUAUCUGAUCUAACAUCUUAAUGCCAACCCCCCCACACACACACACUUUAGAACUGUACUGAGAGAGACGAAUGUGAAUGGACUGUAAAUAUUCUCUUUCAACUCUUUUGCUAGUGCUUUAAGAACUUAAAAUUGUUAAGCUCUUAUUCUUUUGAGAAUGCACAAUUAAACAAGAGCAAUCAAACCACAUGUUAGUGUCUCCUUUCAAAGUUAUUAAAGGGACAGUGCACCCAAAAAUGAAAAUUCUCAUGAUUUACUCACUCUCGUGCUAUUCCAGAUUCACAUGACUUUCUGUCAUCUGCAGAACACAAAUGAAGAUUUUUAGAAGAAUAUUUCAGCUCCGUUGGUCCACACGAUGCAAGUGAUUGGGUGCCAAAAUGAUUACGCACCAAAAAGGACAUUAAAGUCAGCAUAAAAGUAAUCCAUACGACUCCAGUGGUUUAAUCCAUGUCGUCAGAAGCGAUAUGAUAAGUGUGGGUGAGAAACAGAACUUUUUGGCAAGAAACUCUUCUCCCUGCCCAGUAGGGGGCGAUAUGCAUGAAGAAUGUGAAAGUUAAAGUGGAGAUUGACUGAGCAGGGAGGAGAAUUUAUAGUAAAAAAGGACUUAAAUAUUGAUCUGUUUCUCACCCACACCAAAGAUAUCGCUUCUGAAAAUAUUUAUUUAAUCACUGGAGUCUUAUGGAUUACUUUUAUACAGCCUUAUGAUUUAAAAAAAUAUAAAUAAGUGGACGCCACUCUGGGAAUUACAGUAAACAUGCAAAUUAUGAAGUCAUGUUACAAUGUAGCAUAUUACUUGCUUAUGUUUAUUAUUGCAUAUUGAAUACUGUUUUGCAUACUAUUUAUUUUUUAAUAAUUUGCAGUAAACAGCCGGCUAGUCCAUUCCAAACAUCAGCCCGCUAUCAGAAUAAAAACUAACUUUGCCGUAUUUUGGAGUGAAUUAUUUUUAUAUAUAUUUUUUGCCAUACAUAACAUAUACAGAAUGAUGGUUCUGUACAAGCUUUGGAUAUAGAAAACAGUAAAGUAUAGAAACAGUAUAACAGUAUAGAAAAAAAUAAAAGAAAUUCAGAAGAAUAGAGGCACCUGAUCUUGUCAGAACACCUCUUGUCAUGCACAAAUGUGAGUGUGUGUUGCCACAGCUUGUGUCUUCAUCAAAUGCUUCUUAAUGGUGGUUUUGAUGGCACUUGACAGCUCUGCAAGGGUUCCUCUUUCUGUUAAAUUUAUAAUGUGCCUCUAGGCUGAAAGGUUUCACAUAUUAUCAUCUUUUCAGAAGUGCAGGCUCAUUUCCAGGCGAUUUUAAUAGCUGAAAGCGAGGAACAAAUAUAUAUAUAUUUUUUUUGUUUAUAGUAUAUUUCUCCCUAAAUUUAGCCAAGAAGAAAAUGCUUUUAAAAAGUACAAUUCAACUGUUAAAAGCUGACAUUGUAGUCAUUCAAAAUGUUAAAGUGAAAAAUGUAUCUCCGCUUAGAUAAUUUUUUUGUAUUAUUUAAUUGUAUUAUUUAUUAAAAUCAUAUUCAUUAAAUAUUUCUUGUUCAAUACAAGUUAAGCUCAAUCGACAGCAUUUGAGGUAUAAUGUUGUUUACCUCCACCCUAAUUUUCUUAAAAAAAAAAGCUAAAAUCGAGGUUACAGCGAGGCACUUACAAUGGAAGUCAAUGGGGCCUAUUUUUGGGAGGGUUUAAAGGCAGAUAUGUGAAGCUUAUAAUUUCAUAAACGCAUUUGCAUUAUUCAUCUAUUAAAACUUGUUUAUCAUUUGAGCUGUUAAGUUUUUUUUAAAUCGUCUUUUUUAUGGUUGUUUUAGGGCUUACAGCAUUACAUCGUCAUGGCAACAAAGUUGUACAUUUUUAAAUAUAUAAGUGUGUAUUUGAAUGUUUACGGAUUGGCCCCAUUCACUUCCAUUAUAAGUGGCUCACUGUAAUGCUGAUUUUUAAAGAAAUGCUGUCGAUUGAGCCUAAAGGGAUAGUUUGCCACAAAAUGACAAUUCUCUCAUCAUUUACUCACCCUCCUGAAAUCCCAAAUGUGUUUGACUUUCUUCUGUUGGACACAAAUGAAGAUUUUUAGAAGAAUAUUUCAGCUCUGUUGGUCCAUACAAUGCAAGUGAAUGGGUGGCAAAAAUGUUACGCUCCAAAAAGCACACAAAGUCAUCAUAAAAGUAAUCCAUAUGACUCCAAUGGUUUACUCUAUAUCUUUUAAAGUGAUAUAGUAGAUGUAGGUGAGAAACAGUUCAAUAUUUAAGUUGAUCUGUCUCUUCCCAGUAGGGGGCGAUAUGCAUGAAGAAUGUCAAUCACCAAAAACACAAGUAAAUUGAUCAGUUUCUCACCCACACCUAUCAAAUCACUUCUGAACACAUGGAUUAAACAACUGAAGUCAUAUGGAUUACUUUUAUGCUGCAUUUAUGUGGAUGAAUUUUGGCACCCAUUCACUUGCAUUGUAUGGACCAAUACAGCUGAAAUGUUCUUCUAA